CGAAUGGAAGAACGGAGCAUGCAGCCACACUGAUCACCAAAUUCCGCAAAAUACCAUCCAUCACGUUGAGCUCUUGAUUGUUAUUUCACCACUGCUGUAGCUUUGGACUUCCAUGCCCAUCAUAUAUGUCUCGACCCAAUGAUCUUUUUAGGGAAGAACGGGGUCAUACAGAUAGAAUCCCCGAGUCUCGGUGGGAGGAAUUCAAAGACCAGAUAGUCGCCAAGUACCGAACAUCGACGAUUGAUGCCACAAAGAAAUACAUGGAAAGAGAGUUCAACUUCAAGGCUAGUCGUCGACAAUAUGUUCAUCGUCUCGGGAGGGCCAAAUGGAAUAUCAGCAAGUACAAAGGGGGACAACUUUCUGCUGCUCCGUAUGAAAAACCUCAACAUGCCCCCUGUACACUCUUGGACGACUAACAAGUGAUAGAGCCUAUCAAACUUCUGCACCAAGCCCACAGGCAACUUCUCCAAGGGACGAUAAUGACCCCGAGGCAACAUCCACUGCUCUGGCGGGGCCAUCAGUCUCAAAUAUUACCGCCUUCAAUCCUCAUUCCGAACACCCUGUUUCAUACCACGAGCCGAGAAUGACUACUUCAAGGCAUAAAGAUAGUCCGAAACUCGUGAACCCUCGCGUACAUGUCGGCAUGCCGGAACCUGGCAGGGAGGGUGACCAGCUUCACGGAGUUGGAACGACCGUGUUCUACGCAUGCCCCUUUCGAAAGCGAAAUCCUCAUAGGUUCAAUAUCAGAGAUUACCAAUUCUGUGCUAUUGACGGAUUCAAUAGUAUCAGGCUAGUUGUCGACCAUGUGUUACAGAUGCACUCUCAGGAGCACCGCUGUCCAAGAUGUCACGUCUUUUUUACCAGUCGGGGAUUGCUUGAGACACAUGCACAGUUACCGCCAGAAGAAAUGUGCCAGGUAGUUUCAGAGCGCCAGUUUAGUUUUGAAGAUGGAGUGGGCUUUGAGCAGGCCUGGAGUCUCAAGGAGCACAUGGCAUCAGAAACAAUGACGUGGCAGACUCUGUGGAAUAUUCUCUUUCCUGAAGACCCAAACUACAACAUCCCGCCGCCGAGUUAUCAGCCCGUUAUUGAAGACUUUGAGAUCGAACAGAGCUUUAGAGAGCACGCCGAGAAGCGGAUCAUCCCAAUACUAUCGGACCUACAAGAUCUUGCGGCCAAUUUAUCACAGGAUACAAACAAGUCUUGGAUCAUGGCAAAGAUUGACGAGGCAAUCUCCGAAACUAGGCAGUUGAGCAAGUUGAGCGAGCAAGAUGCAAAUUUCUGAAGGAAGGGCCUGCUGCAACUGAGAGCCUAGCAUCAGACCACACAGUAAAUUGGCUCCGGUGUUCCAAUAUGAAGAACAUGUGCUCUUCGUGCUUUCAUGGAGUUGGGACGAUGUUGGGUUGAUUAGGGGAAAUGGAGAUGUAUAUUCGGAUACCUCACACCAAUGCCAUUAUGUCGAGCAUUUUUCAAUGACCGUUGGAACCACCAGGUCCGUCAAGCUCAGGCUGGAUACAACUUGAGACCACCCUUUCGGUAGUUCAGAGGGCACAGAGUCAAUGGAAACGAUGCAUACCAAAAGACCUUGCGGCACAACAACCCCCCUUUCUCGGAAACAGGUCCCGAUAAAGAGGGACCAAGAGCGAGGGGACAUCCCCGUUCGACACUAAUAAUUCACGCCUCACAUAUGCAUCAGAGACACAAAAAUCCAAGAGAGUGAUGUGUGUGUAUGUGCCACAAUGAUGCCGUGGGCUGUUUUGGUACUGGUCAGCCUCCUGAGUUUAAAGGAACGUCUUCACCUUUGGAUGAUAACAAAGUGCAUACACUCGACACACCGCCUGCAAGCUCUGUUUCUCGGUGUGACAGUUGAGAAGCAUUGCAUAUUUCGAGGUAGGUGUCUUGGGUGUCAACAUCAUCUCGAUCAGAAUGUGAUUCUAGCUAGCGAUUUCCCCGCAAGCCACACAUCCAGGUGUCUGCAAUCCUCCAAAGAUGAUGGCCGAGAUUACCAC